GUUGCUAAGUUAGCUAAGGUUAGCGAGCUACCUUGAUCCGAUCGUUUGCAUUUGCAAGUUAGCUAAUAAACAUUUCCAAAAAAAAAAAAACAAAACGCGUUUUAAGUCCUUUAACGGAACCAGUUGGACAUCAGAAGAAAGGAGAAAAAUGCAGGACGCCCGAGAGUAUCUCCAAGAAGGUGUGCUGAGUCACCUGCAGAUGCUGGAGAUGGAAGCGCUGAAGCUGUCCAGCCAGCAGCAGGCGGCCCUGGAGGAGCAGACCCGGGUGGAAGAGCUCCGCCUCACGGUGGAGAAGCUGCGGGCCCAGCGGGACCAGCUCAGAGCCAAAAUCAACACCACCAUGUCUGUCCAGCAGCUAAAAGCUAUGGUGGACCACAGAAACGAGGAGGGUGGUGAUGAUGGUGACGAAGAGGGUUGCUCUCAGAACUCAGAGCUUCAGCUGGCUUUGCUGAUGGCCAGGCGGACCCAGCUGAAGGACCUGCUGCUUGCUCAUCACCUCAUAGGCGGCUACGACAUAACAGCGACCCGCAAGGGCAAAGGGGCGUGCGUUUCCAUAGCCACCGCGUUCGAGGGCCGUUACCUGGAGACGUACAGCCUGGAGAUUGACGUGAACCCCCGCGCCGUGCGGAUCUGUCGCCAUGACGUCCCUCCCUUCAUCCCCCUGGAGAAGCUGGCCCAGGAGAGCCUGCAGACAGACCUGAGGGCCUUCCUGCACGGCCUCAGCCAGCACCUCAACGCCUUCGUCAGCCGGCGCCAGCAAGUGCGGCUUAUCCAGGAACUUCUGCGGGACUCUGUGGAGGUGAUGGAGAGCAACGCGCUCUUUAACGUGGUGGUGCUGAUGUGCACCGAGGCCGGGCAGGCCGACAAAGCCGUGCUCUGUACGCUGGAGUACGCCGACCUCACCCGCUACCUCCCCACCAAGGUCACCGUGGAAUCGGAAGACACGGCCCUGCCCGCCUCACCCCCGUGGAGGGAAAGCCAGUCUCUGCUCCUGGAGACGCCGGCCCACACAGCCCUGCUGACCCUGAAGAAGAAGGGACUGAUCGCCUAGCCCGGGCCUGCACAUCAGCACUGCCCUAUGCACACUCUGUGGAAACCAGCGCAAAGGCUGUGC